AUGAUUCGUAAAGAUAUCAUCACCUUGACCUACGAAUUCUUAGAGACAUGGCUUCAUCAGUUGCUUUAUAAAUGCGAAUUGUAUCCCAAAGCCGUCUUUAAGCAACAAAAGAAGUUUCAAGUGCCUGUCUACAUUGCACUGCAUCCACAAGUACAUGCCUAUAUAGCUGAUUUCGUUCAAGCAUGCCAACCUUUGCUAGAAACAGGAAAUGUGCGAUUCAUCGCAUUGACUGUCAUGGAAGAUGCCGAUAGACCACUAGAAAAGUUUGUGUUAGAAAUUAGGUCGCUAUUACACAAUACAAACAUCCCAGCAGAUACCGUUCUUCAAAGUGAAUCCUCAUUUACAUUGGCUGAUCUAGAGCAAUACCUGCGAGCCUGUUUAAUUAAGCUCAAUACAUACCAGUUUCCAAACAAACAAACCACAUCCGACACCAGAACGUUCAUCUUGUCCAUUGAAAAGAUACAAGGCGGGUACCCUCAUCAACAGCUAAAAAGCAAUGAUGGCAGCAUGGAUUGGGUGCCAGCAGAGACAAGCUAUCGUUGGAAAAAUAUCAAGCCAUUGAAAUCAGUGGAACUUGAUUUAAUCAGAUUUAAUACUUUUGUAAUGGAAGCUUCAAGAAAGGGUAAAGAGCGAUGUCCAUAA